GUAUGUUUUACCAUUUGCAUAGCAUUCGCGAGAUCUUCUGCAGGUGAAUUCCCAGCUCUCUCCGGAUCCGGAGCCGGAGCCAUAGCCCGGCACAAGCACUCCCCACCAUAUCUUGGUUUAAGCCCGACCAACGCUCAAUGGAAGAACAAUCUAGUUCUACGAACCCUCAACGAAGUUUCACCCGAAAGAAACGAAAAUUAACCAUAGAAACCGAACCCUUAACCCUAACCCUAAUCCCAGUUCACACACACACUUCCAAGCAUAAGCAAAAACAAGGCAGAAGAAAUUCUGAGAAUCGCAAAUGGGUUUACUCUACUCGUGAUUGCUCUAAUCAUAAAGAUAAGUUUGUAUUUUUAUCGUAUAAUAUACUGGGUGUUGAAAAUGCUUCAAAACAUAAGGAUUUAUACAUUAAUGUGCUCCCCAAGUUUCUGAAAUGGAAACAUAGACUAAGAGUUAUACGCAAGGAGAUUGCUCGGUAUAAUCCUAGCAUUUUGUGUUUCCAGGAGGUUGAUCGUUUUGAUGAUUUGAAUACAACUUUACAGAAAGAUGGAUUCAAAGGAGUUUACCAGGCUCGAACUGGAGAAGCACGUGAUGGGUGUGGUAUAUUUUGGAAAGAUGAAAUGUUUUCCCUUGUGCAUGAAGACAACAUCGAGUUUAAGCACUUUGGUCUUCGUGACAAUGUUGCUCAAUUUUGUGUUCUAAAGAUGAAUGGGUGUCAAACACAUGUUGAUGACACUGAAAAUCUAAAGACACUUACACAACCCUCUGGAAGUCGAAGCAUAUUGGUUGGAAAUAUACAUGUGCUUUUUAACCCAAGUCGUGGGGAUAUUAAGCUCGGUCAGGUACGAUUAUUUCUUGCAAAGGCUCAUAGACUUUUAGAGACAUGGGGCAAUAUACCAGUUAUACUCGGUGGAGAUUUUAAUAGUAUGCCUCAGAGUGCAAUGUAUCAGUUCAUAGCUUCAUCCGAGUUAAACAUCCAACACCAUGAACGCAAAAAAAUAUGUGGGCAGAUUUUUCCAUUAAAUUACCCAACAUUUCAGUGUCAUAGUAAUUAUUAUUCUUCUAGAUGGAAUAAAGAAGAACUAAGGUUAGCAACAGGAACAAAACAUUCAACUUACCUUAGACACAAACUAAAACUCAACAGUGCAUAUCAUGGAGUUCCUGCGACACGUUUGACAAGAGAUGAAUAUGGAGAACCCUUAGCAACGUCUUUUCACUCCAGAUUUAUGGGGACAGUUGAUUACAUAUGGCAUACAGGGGACCUUGUGCCUUUGAAAGUUCUUGAGACAUUACCAAUUGAAACUUUGGAAAAAACAGAAGGGCUUCCAAGUAAGAGAUGGGGAAGCGAUCAUCUUGCUCUUGUGUGUGAGUUCGCUGUUGCUGAUGCUGAUGAUCUUUCCGGAAUAUGAUAUUGAAGCUCUGGAUAUAUAAUGUUUCUCAAGACACCUACGUAACUUCAAUUAUUCUAGUUUUAGAAUGUGUACAUUGUUAACUUGUAGAUUGUAGUAUUUAUAUAUGAAAGAAA